AUGUCCUUUGGACCCGAUCCGAACAUUCUCAGCCAGGUGAACCUGAGCCCAAGCAUGCAGGCAGACUCGCCCCUGGACAAGCAGAUCAAGUCCACCUUGCUUACGGAUGCCUUUAACCUGUACAUGAACAAGCUACAGAAGUCGAUGCCUUCGAAGAGUAGCAGUCUUCUGGGUCAUCGGCAGGAUCCGCUUCGCCGUCCUGAGACCGAGGAGAGCGAGGGAGCUGGGGAGGACGGAGCCUCGUCACCGCCCCGGCCUCCUCGACGCUUCUUCAGCCACAAGCGCCAGGUGGCUUUGGACAUGCUCGGCGAGACACAGCUGAAGCUCUUAGGCGACACGCUGCAAGAGUCAUUGCGCUGCAACAACUUUAUCCGCCUCUACCCGACGCCCUUCACGUUGCGCCGCUACGAGGGCAUUUCUCAGCUGAGGACACAGGAAGAUGAGUUUCGUGCGCAGCUUCUUGUUGCGGUGCUGUACGCGCGGCAGCUGCCAACCUUCUGCCGGGAGCCUCAUCCCCCCGAGGAGGAGCCAGAGCUCAUCCAGGAGACGCCUGCGGACGCGGCAGAAGCUAAGAAGGUGAUUCAGCUCCCCAGCACGAGCAACAUGAAGAUUAUGGAGGAGGCACUGCAAACACUGAAGGUGCUUGGCAGCAAGAUGUCCUCACAGCUCUUGCUGAUGGAGUACUUGGUGCGUCUGCUCAACAUCAGCUCGAAGUUGAGUGACGCCGCCCGGCGGAAGUUGGAAAGCCCACAGCAGACCGCCAUCGCAGGUGUCAUCUCAGUAUUCCGGCAGCAGCUAUCCCUCUGGCUUCGUGGAUCAAAGAAGCAACCGCCUCUUCCACAAAACGUGGUGAAGAAAGGCGACGUCUUGGAGGAGGCUGAGGAUGUUUGCUUGCAGGCAUCAGCUUCGGUGGGGUUGCAGGCCGAAGUGCAACGCCAGUUGGAGGAGUACAACACGCGCCAUCAGGCCGAGAUGCAGAAGAUGGCAAUGGAAGUCCAGCAGCUGAAGAUGGAGAAAGAGCAAUGGGAGUUGAGGGCUAAGAGUUUGUUGGAUGCAGAAGUCCACCGUUCCAAUCAGGAGCGGGGUGCUAAUGAACAAGCGGGAAAUCCACGUGUAACGCAAGGACUUUUUCAGCAACCUCAUAGUGAUCCUUUUCCGCAGCUUCGGGGUGAUCCUCGCGUUCAGCAGGGGUACUUUCAACAACCUCUCGGUGAUCCUCGUCCACAGCUUCAGGGUGAUCCAGGCGUUCAGCAGGGGAACUUUCAGCAACCUCUCGGUGAUCCUCGUCCACAGCUUCAGGGUGAUCCAGGCGUUCAGCAGGGGAACUUUCAGCAACCUCUCGGUGAUCCUCGUCCACAGCUUCAGGGUGAUCCAGGCGUUCAGCAGGGGAACUUUCGGCAACCUCUCGGUGAUCCUCGUCCACAGCUUCAGGGUGAUCCAGGCGUUCAGCAGGGGAACUUUCAGCAACCUCUCGGUGAUCCUCCAGGUUCUAAGGAUGUUGGGGCACAGUCUGCGAAUGGUCAUAAUGUUCAAGAUGGGCAUGGUGGUCAGAGUGGAAUAGGUGGUCCGAGCGUCUACCCGUCCGGAGAGGAGUCGAUUCCGAAGGCCAAGAGUGGUGGGAGACCUUCAGCGGAACAAUGGUUAGGUAGUGCACCUGGUCAUGAUCCAAUGGCGUUAUUGGCUGGAGGAAUGGCGCAGUUGCAGGCGGUGAUGUUAAAGCAGUUGACCUCAGAGCAUGAUCGUGCGGGUGAACAAAGCCCGGAGGCGGUUAAGCCGGGGACUACAGCUUUACCUGCGUUACCAGGCGUUUCUCCUUCUACGUCUUCGGUGGACAUAAUGGACUGGCUGGAGGUGAUUGCAGCUCCGAUGUCGGAUCUUUCUGAUGGUUCGGCGGAGUGGUGGCUGCGGGUCAAGGCUGAAGCAGAGAAGUCUUACAGUUUGUGGACAAGCGCGAGCCCUGUCGAGAAGCUUCGGAUACAACCCCCACGGGUGGAGGCACUUGAAACGGGACGGUGGAGUCGUGUGAACUCCAGAGCGGCUUCUAUGAUCCUUCUUGCUCUCCACGAGAAUGUGCGUCAGGAGAUGGUGGCCAGCAGGAGAAAGUGCAUAUCCUUCAAAGCCUACAGCAACCUAGCCAAGAACAAGCGAUGCAGGGAUCUUGGCGUUUCUGCGCCGGAUCCGAGUCUGUUGGCCAGAGACGUCAAGCACAACAAGUACGGGAACAUCCCCGAACAACAAGCCGGAACCGAAGAUCAAGCCUAUGAAAACGGUCCCAUGCAGAUACUUCGGGAAGUCGUACAAGGGGUGUGCCAGGGGAACGCGAUGUCCGUUCUUGCAUACCUGGGAGGGGAACGAGAAGGAGAAGUCAUCUCGGUGUCACCUAUGUGGUGGCAAACAUAUGUCGAAAGAUUGCCCGACCAAGAAGCCGAGUACUCCAACUACGACACCCCCGUCUACUACUCCGGGAACUCCAAAGGCACCGCCGAACAAGGCAGCUCCUUCGACUCCCUCGCAGCCUUCUACGUCAACUUCUACAAAGUUUUGGCCGAUGUGGGAAAGAUGCUGAAGGUGAUGACGGCGUCCUCUUUGAAACGGUUUACCGUGAAGGAUGUGGAAAAGAGUUAUGGUCCAAGCAUCCGCAGCUUGACUACGCAGAACGAGGACUGUGAGGAAGGCGACUCUGGGACGACAUUGACAACAUGUUCGGCAACUGAGUGUGCGGUUGUCUCCGAGGACUGCGACGCGGAAGAGGAAAGUGAGGGCGAAGAUGGUGGACCACGUGGCCUCUUGGACAGUGGAGCAAGCCACGCCCUCAAGCAGGCCACUCAGGAAGAGUAUGAUCAAGGUGUUCCAGUGAAGGUUACGCUUGCGGGCAACGACCAGGUACAACCCAUAGUUCCGAUGGGACCUCUGAUCAAGGACCUUGGGUGCAGCCUGCAGUGGAAUAGAGGAACGGUCAAGCUGAGACAUCCGACCAAGGGCUUCAUCAAAGUCUACCUCAACAACAACUGUCCCGAAAUCAACUUCAGGGAAGCCCACCGCCUUAUCAAAGAGUUGGAGGCGAAACACUUAGCACAGCUCAGUGCGCAGGUGAAUUCCUUAACAGCAAGACUGGAAGUUCUACGCAAGGAAGAACAUCGGACUUGGGAUGUGUUGAUGAAGGAGUAUGUGAACACUGGAUGCCAGGCAACCCUCCUGAAGGCUCUUCUUUUGUGCCCUGUCACCAAAGACCUUCCGAGCGAUGUGCACGCAAUGAUUGCCGAAGGUUUCAAUCCGGAUGGUGGCGAGAACUACUUGAAGGAGCUUCCGCUGACGAAGAGGAGGAGGAGGGCUCUCAUGAGGUCGAACUCUUGGGUGGUUCAUCUGUACUCAAGAGAAGGUGAUGGUGAGAACGGUCCAUUCAAUGUGCUUCCGAAAGGGGGCAAGAUGAUUGUGGAGGUGGACACAAAGGCCUCCAAGCAGUGGGACAUCCAUCGCAAGGCUUCCUUCUGGUCAACGGAAAUGUGGAAGGCUUUUAAGUCUGUUGGUGGCGUGAAGCGGGUUGACUUCUACAUGGGAGCCUACGGCCACAAGGCAAAGAAGCCUACGACAGCAGCUACGAAUUAUCCAGGUGUGAUUGGGAUGGAUGAGAAUUGGGAUUUUGCUGACAGCUGUGUUCCUCCGUCGUUACUAAAGAAGGGUGAGCUGAACAGUUGGUCAAGGGAGUUCAAGGCGAUUCUUGCGGAGAACAUCCUUGGCUACUACGACAACUCCGCAAUAUCCGAAGAGGAGAUCACCGCCACUGGCUAUCAGCAUAGAAGGAGAAGGCUGCCGGGAAUGUAUACGCUCGCAAUGGACUUGGCAGGUCCUUUCAAGAAGAAAGGAAGAGAUAUGGACUUCGAGGAUUACAAGUACAUCAUGAUUGCUGCUUACAGAUGCCCUCGUCAAUACCUGAGCUCAAUGGCCCUGACCGAACUUGAACGUGAGCUAUAUGUACCUUCUGAUGAUGAAGGACAGCCUCAAGGUGACGAUCCUUUACAGUUGGAUGAUGAAGAAGAAAAAGAAGCUGAGGCUGAAGAGUCAUCAACGGAGGAAGUGGAAAAGGUGGAAAGUGAAGUGGAAGAAUUGACCAAGAAGGUUGAGUACUCCACCAUCUAUGUCACCCGUUGUUUGAGGAGGAGAACGGGACCUGCGGUACUACAAGCUGCGAAAGAAAUCCUUCUACAACUACGGCAAACGGGGCUGCAUGUAGCUACUGUGCACACGGACCGAGCGAGGGAGUUCAAGACCAAGAUGUUCAAAACUUGGGUCAAUGAUGAGAAGCUUCGGCAGACCAGAACAGCUGGAGGAGAUCCAGCCGCCAAUAGCACUGCGGAGCUGGGAGUGAAAUGGGCAAAGGCGCGAGUACGAUCUCUACUUAAAAGUGCAAAGGCUGCUCCAGAAGACUGGCCGAUGGCAAUGGAUCAUGCAACGAGCAGUUUGUGGUCGAAGGCUUUUCCCUCCAGCUCAUGGACAAAUCCUCCAGCAGUUCCCUUUGGCACUGAGGUUUGGUUUCGUUCCAAGGGAUACAAGGGCAAGAAAGAGAAGAAGUAUGACCCGGAUGGUGUUCGAUGGAAAAAGGGUGCUUAUCGUGGUCCUUCAAGAGAGGUCAGCCGUGGACAUGUUAUCCUACGAGAAGAUGGGGGACUUGUCAUUGCAAAGGGCGUAAAGUUCAACAUUGUAGAACCUGAGCGUGAUCUACAGGAACUCCUCCCUCACGCUACUGUCGAAGGUGAUGUUGGGAAGCUACUGGACGAUGAUUUGCCAACCACGAAGAAGCAGCUUCGCGAGGAAGUGGAGUUCAUGUCACGAAAGGCCAUGUCAGAGAACAACUACACCAUCGAGCAGGUUGUGAAGAUCUACGACUUGCUUGAAGAACUAGGUGAUGUGGACUUUCGUGCAGCGAAGAAAACUACAAUGACCUCGUGGUACACAGGUGCUUUCGUUCAUGGAGGAAAAGCGGGCGUUCGUUCAAACUUAAAGGAGUACCCGAUUACUACGAAGUUCCUGGCAACCUUCGCGAAGAAGUACAGUGGAGAGCACCAGUUCAGUGCUUUGGGAAUCGCGCGAAACAGCACCCUGGGGUUGCACCGCGACUCUCAUAACUCGAGAGAGACUGUGAACAUGGUGAUUCCUUUGUCUGAGUUCAGUGGAGGAAACUUGUGGAUCCAGGAUGAUGAUCUUGAUCCAAGUGCGGCUGUGGAAAAGGUCCUUCCCAAUGGGCAAAAGCUUCAAGGGCGUGUUCUGACUUUGGAGAAGAACAAGAUCACCGAGUUUUCACCAAGCAAAUGGCAUGAAGUACAGCCUUGGGAAGGGGAUCGUCUUGUGAUGUUGCUCUACACCCCAAGAACGUCUAAACUCAAUGAUGAGGACUACGAGCGACUUCAAGAAGCCGGAUUUGUGAUCGAGAAGGCCAAGGAUAACGUUGAGGAUUCUGGUGAGGACGAUCUUGAAAGCGAGGCGGUGAUAAAGCGGUUCGAUGUUGUUGAGGUUAAUGAGAUGAUCCAGGCCUUCAUUGAGGUUGAUGAAUUGGACUUCCUUGACUUCAACCUUAGAGACCGUAAUCCUUGCCCCUCGCGUGCAAUGCUCAAGAAAGCCGAAGUUCAAUGCACACCGGACAUUGAGAACAUCCUUCAAGACUUGGAGGCCACGGGCAAGGCUUUGGAAGUGACGCACACCGUGAACUUGGGAGAUGUGAAGAAGAAUAUCUCCAAGUGGUAUGAUUCCGCGGUAAAGGAGUUCACCAACCUCCGGGAUAAGAAGAAGGCGUUCAAGGUCACCAAACGGUGGGAUCUCCCAGAAGGAUGCAAAAUAGUGCCCUGUAAGGGUGUCUUCACAGUCAAACCAGAUGCUCCUCCCAACUACUACAAGAGGAAAACCAGAUUUGUUGCGUGUGGAAAUCACGUUCCUGAAGGUAGCAUGAUGCCGGAAGGAUUUGAUCUGUUCGCUGCUGGCUUAGACUCAACUUCGCUUCGCACGAUGUUCGCAUACACGGCGGGUUCCAAUUGGCUUACUGGAACCACUGACAUCAGACAGGCUUUUGUGCUGGCUCCAUGGUUGGGGGCUUCGGUUGCAUUGCAGCCACCGAGCAUUGCAUUUGAGCUCGGCUUAGCUGAGCCUGGAGACAUGUGGGAAGUCUUAAUGUCAAUCUACGGCCUUAGAGAGGCCCCUGCCCUCUGGUCAGGAUUUCGAGACCAAGAGCUUCGUGCAGCGGUUUGGGAGACGGAACUCAAUGGAGUCACCAAGAAGUUGAGACUUCAGCAGUUGGUUUCCGACAAUCAAGUGUGGAAGGUCGUUGAUGUUGAUGACCCAAGCCAGGCCCUAGGCUAUGUGAUGGUGUACAUUGAUGAUCUGCUGAUUACCGGACCCUCGGAGAUCCUACAUUCUUUCUUUGCAUGGGUUUCAGCCCGUUGGGAAUGCGAUGAACUCAAUGUCUUGAAUGAGAACAACUCCAUACGGUUCCUGGGAUUGGAGAUACAUAAGGUUCCAGGAGGAGUAGAGGUGGCACAGCAUGGCUUCAUCAGUGAGUUGCUCCGGGCAUACAACCACAAGGGUUCAAGGUCCUGGUCUCAAGGUUCCAGAGAGAUGAUGGUCUUUUCACCAGAAGAAGAAGAGGCAUUCUUGAACGCCGAGCCCGUGAACUUGGAGGGUCGUGAAGCAGAGGUCAAACAAGCCCAGAAACGGGUAGGAGAGCUUCUUUGGUUAACUGGAAGGUCACGCCCCGAUCUGCAAUAUAUCACUUCAAUUAUGUCUUCCAGGAUUACGCGAGUACCAGAGUUGGUGAAUGAGUUGGGUGAAAGGUUGCUUGACUACUUGGCAGAGACUCAGUAUUACCGGCUGAAGUUCGUAAAGAGUGACGAUGUUGAACAGCGGUUGGAUAUAUUUACUGACUCCUCGUUUGCAACCUCCUCUGGUCGGUCUCAUGGAUGUGCCGCAGUGUUCUGGGGAACUUCACCUAUCUCCUGGCGUUCGUCGAGGCAACAGCUGAUAACUCUUAGCACCGCUGAGAGCGAGAUGGUUGAGGCUGUGGAUGGCACUACCUUGGGUUUGGCCACAAAGUGUCUGCUACAAGAGCUCCUGGGACGUGAGUUGCCCAUGUACCUCCACAUUGACAACCAGGCUGCUAUCUCACUUAUUGGUGGCAGUUCUGCAAGUUGGAGGACGAGACACCUACGAUUACGAUCAAACUGGGUGAGAGAGCGAAUGAUGAUGCGGGAACUUUACCUGCAACAUGAACCUGGGGAAACUCAGAGAGCUGACCUAGGAACCAAGGCAUUGCCCAAAGAUCGUUUGAAGAAGCUAGUGGAGCUGUGGGGUGUGGUUGACCGAAGGCCUCCUCGUGAUCCAUCAGCGCGGCGAGCCACCACACAAGGAGCCGGGCAUCAAGGUUGGCUUUCGAAGUUGGUAAUGUUCUGUCAAGUUUGUGGAACAGCAGCCUCAGAGCAGAAUACGAUCCAGCCAGAGAUUGCCUGGGACCUUUAUCUAGUAGUCGCGGUUCUUGCUAUAGCUGUUAUUGGCUUGUGGGAAGCGUUUAAGUUCUGCUGGAGAAAGAAGGAGGCUCGUUUGCGGGCAUUGAGGGUUAAAGCCAACAAAGCGACGCAGCAGAAGCUCACCAAGGCAGAGCUGAAAGAGUUGCAAAGGAUCCUCGCCUUGAACCCGGAGGAUUUGACCGUGGACCAAAAGCACCUCGCCAGUCCCAACACUUCCAAGCGAUGUACCAUCUUCGUCUACGGGAAGUGCAUCUUCUUGGUUCCGGAGCCAGACGAGCAGAUGGCAGCAGGAAUUGGCUGGCACGUCCUCAGACGAAUGUCCCAGGCCGGUCCGCUCAGCGAGCUGGAGUUUCUCCAGCACGUCAUGCUGCAGCCACCCCUGCCGAAGAAUAAUGUCGUCCAACCUGGCGAAACGCCUCCGCUGAACCCGAGGAUGAUGAUGUCAGCCUCCUCACCCACACUGCAGAAGCGCACCCGACCGGCUGGUCCUCUGGCACCCUUAGGGCAUCGGCUUCCCUUCCCGUCCGGCGUGGCCUACAGCCGCAAGAGCAUGCUGGCUCUUGGCACGGUUUCCGCCGUGAGCCACGACAUCGAGCUGUGA